AAGGGCGGAGCCCGGAAAUUGUUACCGAGGAGAGUGGCGGCGGCGGCGGCGGCACCGGCGGCUCAGCAAGAGGAUGUUGAACGUCCCCGCUCAGUCCUUUCCUGCCGCUGGUUCACAGCAGCGGGUGGCGGUGACAGGGCGUAGCAAGGUACCUUUAAAACCAGGCCGAAGCCUUAUGGACUGGAUUCGGUUAACUAAGAGUGGAAAAGAUCUUGCUGGUCUGAAAGGAGGAUUAAUAGAAGUGACUGAAGAAGUGCUCGCCAAACAUAAUAAGAAAGAUGAUUGCUGGAUAUGUAUAAGAGGUCUUGUAUAUAAUGUCACGCCAUAUAUGGAAUAUCACCCGGGUGGUGAGGAUGAGUUAAUGAGAGCAGCGGGGGCAGAUGGCACAGACCUCUUUGAUCAGGUUCAUCGUUGGGUCAACUAUGAAUCUAUGUUGAAAGAGUGUCUGGUUGGAAGAAUGGCACUUAAACCUACCGUCGCUGUGAAAGAGCCUUGUCAAGCUAUACCUGACAAAAAGGAAGUCUUCAAUGGCAUGUUUUCUAAACCUAAAGACUUGGAUAACAGUUCCAAAGAGCUAAUUCCCAGUUAUGAUUGGUUCCAGACAGAUGGUACAGUCACUAUCGUCAUAUACACAAAACAAAAGGAUAUUAACUCUGAGUCGGUGAUAGCUGAUCUUCAAGAAGGUAGACUGCGAGGAGAGAUCAUUGUGAAUGACUACUCAUUCCUUCUGCAUUUUGAGCUGAGUUAUGCUGUUCAUGAGGACAUUGUAGUACAGGUCUUGGGAAAAGUGAGGAAGGUGGAGUUGAUCCUGAAGAAGAAAGUGUCUCUCCAUUGGAAAAAUCUUGGGAAGCCGCUGCAGAGUCAUAACUCUUUUGUCAAAUGCGCUGACAGAGGAUUGUUCUUCAGAAAAUGCAAAUUGAUAUCAAAGUCUAGUGUCAGUCAUGACACUAGACUCUUGUGUGUACUGUUACCAUCAGGAACUCAUCUCCAGGUUCCAGUUGGGUACCAUGUUUACCUCAAAAAGACAAUCACAGGCACAGAGAUAGUGAAACCAUACACACCUGUGAUCUCUUCCUUAGUAUCAAAAUUCAAAGACCCUUCUCACAACGAUAAGACACAUGUAUUUUUUAUGAUCAAAAUUUAUCCCAGUGGAUUAUUUACACCAGUGCUUGACUGUAUAUGCAUAGGGGAGUACAUUUCUGUGAGUAAUCCUGAAGGCACCUUCUUAAAGCCACAAGCUGAAGAUGUAGACGACCUAUUUUUACUAGCAGCAGGCACAGGAUUCACACCAAUGGUUAAAUUGCUAAACUAUGUUUUGACAAGUAGCAGUAAUCUCAGGACGGCACAGCUGAUGUUUUUCAACAAAACGGAAGAUGAUAUACUUUGGAGAAGUCAGUUGGAACAGUUAGCCCUUGAUGAUGCAAGAUUUGAUGCUCAGUUUGUCCUCUCGGAGCCGAAUGCAAAAUGGACAGGGAAACAAGGGAAAAUUUCUUUCUCUCUUGUCUCUCAGUUUGUGAAAAGAAGUAAAGAUGAUUCUAAGAUUCUCGUUUGUAUAUGCGGUCCAUUACCUUUCUUAGAACAAGGACUACAGAUUUUGCAAGACCUUGGGACUUCCUGUGAAGAGAUACACUGUUUUAGAGCCUAAAAAACCAAGUUGAAGACCUCUGUUUGCAUAUUUUACCGUCUUCAUAUUUAUCUUGUUUGUUUUAAUUCUUGGGGAGGACAUGUUGUGCAUGAACAUAUUGCUCUUUUCAGUGUUAUUACUUGAAUAUUUUGGGGAAAUAACUUCAUAUUCUGCUGCUUUAAAAUUCUAUUUUUGCUACUGUGUAAAAACUUGACAAAUAUAUUAGGGGUAAGUAAGUGUAAUUUCAUUGUGUCCAGAGCAAUCGCAACUCUGCCCUUGUCAAAUACAAGAUUUGUAGCAUCUCUUUGCACUGAUUACUUUUGGCUAUAUAGGUGCCAGAAACUUCCUGUGUUAGAACCUCAUUAUUGUACAUUGUCUUGUUAGCAAUAGAGUAUGAAUAUACCUUUGCACUGUUAACUCAGGAAAAGUGUUAUGUUACAGUACAAUCUUACUGAUAUCAAAAAUAUGUAGUAUUUUAGAUUAGUGUUUUGUCCCUGUGUAGAUGAUACUCAGAAUAUCCAUUUUGUAUGCUAAAUGACUUUUUAUAUAAGAAAAAUAAAAGCAGAAGAACA